AUGACUUUAUCUAAAAGCGUGGAGAGGAAAAUUUACAAGAAAAUCAAGAGGUGCCAAUUGUUAAUCGAGAAAGAUGCCUCAGUUUUAUUCAGCAAAGAGUCGACAGAGUACAUUGUGGUUUGCAAUGCUGGCCUUUCGACAGGAUUACAGCAAGAGGUUCUUCUAAAAGCAGCGCUCAAGCAUGGCCCCGUUCAAAAGGUUUUGUUUCCACUCGGUAAAUCUUAUUGUUUUCUGCAAUGUUUAUCAAAAAGUGCAGCAGAAGCCAUCUACACAGCUCUCAAUGGAACGUGUGCUUUAGGCCAAGACGGAGCAGUGGUAUUAUUGGCAUUCUGCAACGAAAUUCCGAGCUGCCGAUACGAUCUCUGGAGCAAUGAACUUCCGAAUGGUCUUCUCGUAGAGCGCGAGUUUGUAAAUGGAGAAAUGGAAAAGGCGUUGUUAGAAGCUAUCAACAGCGAUCAGUCCGAAAAAAGCAAAGAGCAGCUUGCCAAUACCUUGAAGCACCGUAAAGUACAUCAUUACGGCUACGAAUUUAUUUAUGGAACCAAUAAUGUGGACAAAAAAAAACCAUUAGAACGCAAAAUACCUUCGAUUUGCAAUGAGCUGUGGGAACGGCUGCGCGACUUGCAUCCCCAUCUAAAGGGGUAUCUUCCGGAUCAACUUACGGUUAACCAGUACGAGCCUGGUCAAGGCAUACCACCCCACGUGGACACCCACAGUGCCUUUGCUGAUCCGAUACUUUCGCUUUCGCUCGGUAGUGAUGUUGUGAUGGAAUUCAAACAUCCUUCUUCUGGUAAGCAAGUGUGCGUGGAUUUACCCGCCAGGUCACUGUUAAUCAUGUCCGGGGAGAGUAGAUACGAUUGGAUGCACGGUAUAACACCCCGCAAGAUGGACACUAUUCCGGCCGAACUUCAAGGCGGACUGACCACGCGCAAGAGGGAGUUUCGAGUGUCGAUGACUUUUCGCAAGAUAAACCCAGAUGUUCGUUGCAGCUGUGUGUAUCCCAGCUUGUGUGACACGGCUCUCCAAUCUUCUGAGAAAUCAGCAUGCUUACUCGAAACUCACGCAGUACAGGUAGAGGCUGAAAAUGUGCACCGGGUUUAUAACGAGAUAGCAAAACAUUUCAGCGAUACCCGGCAUUCACCGUGGCCAAGAGUAGAGUCCUUUGUCCGAUCGUUGCCUACAGGUGCGGUUUUGCUGGACGUUGGAUGUGGAAACGGCAAAUACCUCGCAUCGAACGAACGAGCGCUUUUGCUAGGUUGUGAUCGCAGUGCAGGUUUACUGCAAGUUUGUGCCGAGCGGGGCUUUGGUGUAUUCCAGUGCGAUUGCCUUGCAAUUCCUUUCCGGAACGAUUCGGUCGAUGCUUGUAUCAGCAUUGCGGUGAUACACCAUUUAGCGACCGAUAAGCGAAGGGAGCAAGCAAUUUCAGAAAUGGUGCGAGUUCUUCGGCCUGGUGGUAGAGCUCUCAUCUACGUUUGGGCUAAGAACCAAGAAGUAAAUGCAAAAAAAUCAAGCUACCUCCGGCAGAACAAGCACAAUAACAAGCUACAAAACACUGAGAACGAUUCGUAUCAAGGCGAAAACGCAAUCGAACGGAUGGAAAAGGCUGUUACUGGAGCGAGCGAUUGCACGUUACCCGUACAUACAAAUAGAACGAAAUUCCAGCAUCAGGACCUGCUGGUACCAUGGAAACUACGGGCAUCAAGUGAUUCAAUGAAUAAGUCUACCUUCCUGCGGUACUACCACGUGUUCGAAGAGCGCGAGCUGGAGCAGCUCUGUCUCUCAGCGGAUGCUAAAGGUCUCGUCAAAUUGAUUGAAAGCUACUACGAUCAGGGAAACUGGUGUGUAAUGUUGGAAAAGGCAGUUGAUAAAACAAUAAACUCAAACUAA